AUGACUCCUAUACUGCUAGACGACCUGCCUGUCUGGAACAGGUUGAUUCGCUUCGAAGAUGUCCACGGGCAGGAGAGAUACGGUGAACCUGUAGACGAACAACUCGAUAUUGGUAUCGCUUUACACCGUGGCGAGGACGUACAUGCCAGGAUCCUCCGAACCGAUUCAGCACUGGACCUCUCGGCCGCCCUAUCAGAGGAGAUUGUCCAAGUCAAAAGGGUGCUCUCGCCACUUAGACCAGAAGAAGCAGGCACAAUACGUUGCAUCGGCCUCAACUACCGCGAACAUGCCGCCGAGAUGAAACUCACCAUCCCCAAAACCCCAACCCUCUUCCUCAAGGCCACCGAAACAAUCAACCACCCCUCCAGCACCAUCACCACCCCCCACUGCCCCGACGCCCACGACUGCCACCUCGACUACGAAGUCGAGCUGGCCGUCGUCAUCGGCAGGACCUGCAAGGACGUCCCCGAGGAAGAGGCCAUGAGAUACGUCCUCGGCUACAUGACCGCCAACGACGUCACGGCGCGGACGCACCAGAACGAGGUCUCGCAGUGGGAUCGCGGCAAGGGCUUUGACGGAUUCGCGCCAAUCGGGCCGGCGCUCGUGUCGGCCAGGGUGGUUCCCGACCCGUCGGUGCUGCAGCUGCGGACGGUGCUCAACGGACAGGUGAUGCAGCAGGGCGAGGCGAGUGAUAUGAUUUUCACGGUGCCCAAGAUUGUGUCGUUUCUCUCCCAGGGCUGCACGCUGCAAAAGGGCACCAUUAUCCUAACCGGGACCCCCUGCGGAAUCGGCGUCAGCCGAAACCCCCCCGUCCGUCUCGUCGAGGGGGAUGAAUUGUUUGUCACAAUUAGUCACGGCCUCGGAUCGCUGACAAACCCGAUUGCAUUCAAGCAGCCCGAGGCCAAUGGGCAUUGCAUUGAGGCAAGAGGUUAA